UUCAGUCUUGGCCAGGUCGGUGUGCGAGACACAUCCACAGCAAAUAAGAAGCGCGGUCCGUACGUCGCGCGCGCUCUCCCGCGUUUUGCCUUUGAUUCGAGUUCCGAGCCGUCGAAUCGCAGAUGAGAAACGAGCAUCCUGCAUAUGUAAAUCGAGUGGAAAGAGGAAGUUAAGCAAAUUGAAUUAAUGCAAAUUUGGCCAGCCAAAGAAAACCUAACAAAUUAUGCGCCUGUGAAAGAAACAAAUUAAUGGGCACACACACAAAGCAUGAUAAAUUGUAAAAAUUGUACAAAUAUAUUUCCACAUAUUUUGGCAAACAAAAAGUUGAUCACAAAUAAAUAUAUACACGUGUAAAACAAAGGCCACAUAACUAAUUGGAUUACGCAAAGCAACUAAAACGGGACGAGACCGUUGGUAUAAGCUGCCACAAUGAAGUCAAGCACUCGAAUUCUGUGCACCGCGCUGCACUUAAUCACAAUCGCAGCUCUAACGACACACGGCGCACAGAUACCAACGCCAGAGAAGGAUGCGCCUGGCACGCUAAACGCUGCCAUUGCAGCAGCCGAGGCGGAAGCAGCCGCGCAGGAUGCCACGCCCUCAAGCAAACAGGCCACAAUAGAGCCGAGCGUGCGGGUUAAAUGCCUGUCCGGCUCCAUGCUGAUCAUGAUCAAAGAUGCGCCACCCAAUCACGAGACGGGCCUGUUCAGUGGCAUGAUCUAUCCGAAAGGCCUCUCCAAGAACUCCACAUGCCUCAGCGAGUACAGGGAUCACAAUGGACCGCUGCGCUACAAAUUGCCGCUGCGCAGCUGCAACACGAUGCCCAAGGAAACGGACGAUGGCGGCAUUGAGUUCUUCAAUACGAUUGUGCUGCAGCCGCAUCUGAAACUGAUUACGGAUCUGGGACGCGGCUAUCAUGUGCGCUGUGCCUACAAGAGCCGCGAUGCGGCCGUCAAGCCGAAGAAAUAUCUGCGUAAGCAUGCACAGAAGCCGCAGGCAUUCCGCAGCGAUGAGCACGACCGGCGUGACUAUGGACGUUCGCUGGACAAACAGCGUUUGAAUGAUGACGACCUGGACGAGGAGGACGUCUACGAUGUGGAUGUGCAAGAUGACAACGAUGUGACCAACAACGAACUGCCCAUGCCCGGCUGCCAUAUGAAGAUCUACAACGAGGAGCACAAGAUAGCCGACGAUGUGAAAAUUGGCGAUCCGCUGACCAUUGUCAUCAGCAUAGAUGAGCAGAAGCUCUACGGCCUGCACGUGACGGACUGCAUUGUGCGCGACGGUCUGGGCUGGGGCGAGCAGCGGCUAGUGGGCGAAGAUGGCUGUCCAAUGGACAACGAGAUCAUGGGUCAAUUCAACUACACAGAGGAUCGCCUGGCGGCCAAUGUGACCUUCCCGGCGCACAAGUUCCCCUACACCACCUCCGUGUAUUAUCAGUGCAAUGUGCGCCUGUGCGCGCUGGAGGAUCCCAGCUGCCAGGAAGCGCCUGUCUGCACCGGCAAGCGACCCAAGCGUCAGGCCAGCGAGGGCAAAGAUGAUGAAGCCUUACCGGCCACCAUUGAGGUCUUCUCCGGCCUCUAUGUCAACGAGAACGAGAAUGCCAACGACAGCGAGGAGGAUGCGGUGUACAAGGAGAAGACUCUGGAGGAUGCUCUGUGCGUAUCGCAGCGCACGUUUGCCAUUGCCAUCGCCAUUGCGGGUCUCAUUCUCAUGCUGGCCGUGGUGGCCGCUGUCCUGUGCAUUAUGGCGCGCCGUAGCACCAAGACGGUAUCCAAUUCCGGCAGCUCCAUAUACAGCGGUCCCUACACAAACACCGCCUUCUCGCACAGCAGUUAAGCCGCAGCAGCAGCAAAAUGUGACAGCUUCAAUUAAAAAUUUCGCAAAUUUUUCCAAAACAAAACAAUGGAACACUCAAAGUGUUUAAAAAAAUAUUAAAGAAAAACAAAUCGGUUUUAAGGCCAGGAUAAACAAGAGAUGAAGAGAUGAACACGCAGCCGCCUGCGGUAGUCAAUUGUCAAAUGUCUCGUGACAAGUUGGGUAGCAGUUUUUAGUCUAUAAGGUCACAACUUUUUAAGCUAAUCAAAUUAUUAUUUAAGUUUUGCAAAAAGAAAAUCCCUGUGCAGAGAUUACCGGGCAAUUUCCCAUUAUUGUUAAUUGCCCGCUAAUGUCGCAGAGUUGUGCAGUGCUGCCAUCUGCAGUAUGAACAUAAGCAUUGGCAGCACUGCAUUCGAAACUCUGUUAGGCACCUUCGUGUCGGUGGUGGUUGGAUUCCCUCCUCCAAGAUUCUUAUCAGAAAACCCCACACCCCCUCUCGCCUUAUGUAGUGCAGUCAUUAAACUUUAUAUAUAUUUACAUAUAUAAAUAUUGUAUUUAUCUUACUAUUUAAACUGUUUAAUUUUAAACACUCGAACUAACAACGAAUGCAGCAGCCGACGCUCAGGUGAUAUUUGUAUUUGUACUUUAAAUAUUUAAAAAUAACUAAGUUCCAAAAAAAAAAACCUGCGACACUUUGUUCUUAGUUAAAUGUUCUGUACAAUUUUUUUCUUGUCAUUGUUUAAACUAUUUGCACUACAAUAUUUAAAUACUACUAUUUACUGUAAGCACGCAACCGCUUCGCAAAAAGAAACAUAACUAUUAAUAAUAUAUAAAUUGUAUUAAUGCAUAAAGUAUUUAACCUAAACCUUUGCACAGCUUCAUUUGAGCAUUGGACUUAUUUUUUAAGAAUGCUCGCCUGGAGCCGUGCAAUGCGAAUUUCAAAUAAAUACACAAUCAUCAUACAGUGAAAGCUCCUCUAAA